AACUUACUUGAGGCGAAGACAUGCUACGCGUUAUAAGUUGAAUUAAGUUUGAGCAUCUUUUAAUGAUAUGAGCAAAAACAGUUUGCGUAAACGAACCGAAACGAUGCCCAUUAAUUUAAAGAUUGACAAAUCAACGAGAGAAUCAAGUUUUGGAACUUCAGUGAGCCGGGAGAGCAGUUUCAGCAGUGUCGAAUUAGGCGCAUCGAAUUCUGUUAGUCGUGAGAGCAGUUUUUCCAGCGUGGCGAGUAGCAGUGGAAGUGGUGGGGUUUUCGAAGUGGAUUCAUCUCGGUCGUCAUCUAGAUCUAAUUCCUGGCGAUCGAGCGAGGAUUCCAGCGAAAGACAACGAAUUUCAAGCGUAACAGAUCAACAGUAUCAAAGAUUGCAUAAUGCAAGGGAAAGAUUUCGCAAAGCGAGGGAACCGACUUCAAAUGACUCUUCUCCCACAGAAGAGUGUCACACCCCACCCGAAAACACCCGAUCAAUGACGAACCUUAAAAGACCCGAAGUCCAUGGAAGAAGUGCAUCUGAACCGCAAGUUUUGGUGCUGUCUCCGAUCUCAAGUCAGUCAAAGCUUUCCGCAAGUCCCGAGGGCUUGGUAAUCUCAACGCCGCCUGUGAAAAGAUUCAUCGAAUAUCGCUUAAGAUCGCGAUCUUUCACUGGGUCCGAACACAAUGAGGAAGAGAGUGGGGAGAUGAGAAGUCUUCGAUCAAGUUUCUCUCACUCGCACCUUCAGGUUCCAGACAGUAGAAAUGAUUGCAUAAGACGAUCUGGACGAAAAAGUCGCGAAGAGAUACAAGACCAGGUAAAUAUCUUUUAAUUAUCAGUAUCGUACUUCAGUUUAUUGUUUACAAGGGAUAAGCAACGAUUUGAUUGAAUGCCGCGUCAUUUGAACUCCAGUAAUACAUGUCCCAUUUCAGUUUGUUACUGCAUCUUCUAUCGUUUUCUUCCUGGCGGAAUCUAUACUCAGAGCCUUCUCCAAAUUAAGGGUGGUUAACCCUCACAAGAAAUGACUCUAUUAGGUAAUAAAAGCUGACUUAUUACUCGUAAACUGAACAGGGCAAACCAUCUUAUGUUUCACUGAUAAUUCCCCUGAGUAACUUUUACUUAAAUUGUUUCCAAGGUAACCCCAAAUGAAACUUAACAUCGGUCGGUUUAAUUUCUCGCAAUUAAUUAAUUAUUUUUUAAUUAUUUGCUCUUCUGCUGAGCGAAUGGAAUAAAAUUCCAAUUAACAGAAAACAAUAAGAACGGAGAAGGAUUCAAAGCUAUUUACGAUUUGACUCCAUUGAAGAAAAGUGUGCAAGCAUUUUAAAUCUCGUGUCAACAAAGGAAUGAGUCUCGAGAAUCAUUAUGGCCCGAACAGGAAGUUUUCUUGUUCAAGCAUGUUACAUCUUUUGGUAAGCAAUCGGGUUUACUUUGCUUUCAUCUGUCACUUUUACGCCUGUGCACAUUGUUAUCUUAAUCCGUGUGUUGACACGCUUUGCAUGAUGGGAUACUUAGAAUUCGCUUCCGCACUUGCUUAGUCGUCCAGGCGAGUAACCUCUACCCUGAGCUGUACUUCCUUCAAUAGCUAACGAUGCGUUUCGCCAAAAUUAAACGGCUUUAGGCCAUAAUUGUAAUCCUAAAGGCAGUAUAUGGCGUUAAUUUGUUUCCUCACACCAAUUUUUUGUGCAUGAAGUAAAAGAAUGAUAAUGCGCGUCAUAAAAAUGCAUCCAGGUUGGAAAUAAUGUCCAAUACAGCAAUAGCUUAGCCCUGUUUCCAUCGUAGGUAAGCCCCCGUAAGGGUUUGUUCAAGUUCCCCUGACAAUUUUCCGGUAUUUUUACCUCUGAGCGACUGAGAGGCUGUUCGUAUGCGGUCACAAAAAAAAAAGUCGGCCAUAAAAUCCACCACUCGUUAAUGUGAUUGCAAACUUGCCCGUACAAAAUCCUUAAAAUGAGACUCUAACAAAAAGCACUGCCAAUCGCACAAGCUAUUGUCGCCUACGUCAUUUGCCUGCGAACUUACGGAUUAGCGCGCGUCACGCCAGUUCGUCACACGUCACGCCAGCUCGAUUUUCUUCUCAACUGGGGCUCUUUUAGGGAAAAGAAUACCGCCCAUUUUCUCGGAAACACACAUUAGAGUCCAAUGAGGUAACACAUUUUGCCACUGCGUUUCAUUAUUAAGAUUGAAAAUCAAUUCUAAAGACAGUACGAUUUCAAGAUCUCAUAAUCGAAGCAAAUGGACAUAUUAAAGCAGUCCUUGAUCGCAAUUGCGAAGAUUAGUUGUGAAGCAGUGCUCCUUAGUUGCCUUAGCUGUAAACAGCUGUUUUAAAUUGCAGUAGAGUACUUUUAGAUCGUGUGUCCUCAAACGAAAACCAGAAAAAUAAAACUCACGGUUUAAAGGAACUACAAGGACUCUAAGUAAGCCUAUACAACCCAGAUGAUGACUGGUAUUCAUCAGUUUUAGCUCUGCAAAUGAUUCGUGAAGAGUAUGUCGCGAGUUUUCCAAACCAAUCACAGAGCAUUGUAAAGCAGAAACAAGGAAUUUUGGACUAAUCAUGUGACCUUCAAUUUUGAAAUUGUUGUAUAAUUUUCGUUUAUACGUUCGAGUCUGUUUUACUUCCGCAAACGUUGUCAUUCAGUGGGGGGAGGACUUACUUUAGAAACCUACAUUGGGCCCUUGAAUUCUAGUUCCUAGAUAUUUCUUGUAGUUUUUAUUUUGUGUAAUGUCUGAUAGUUACUUCUUGUUCUUCGGGGUUAGAAUGUGGAAAAAGUUACAGCUUCAGAAGAAGAUUAUCAGGCGUUAAAGAAGGUAAGAAUAUUUGAAAUUUACUCUACGAAUGUAAAUUUUUUAAUCGGUUCUUAGCAAGCGACUUUGGAUCGUGUAUCUUCAUUAAAGCUCUCGCGAGAUGAAUGCAUGCAUAAUACAUUUGAGGAUGACAUUACGCAAAAACCGCUUCUUUUUUAUAACAAACCCUUCAAGUUCGAUUCCUUUCUUAAGCGUGGCUGAUAAAUGAUCACUUUGCAGUGCGUUGUGCCGUUAAGUACAAAGGGUAUCUAAAAUAAACCUUCUGGGAAAUGAAUCAAAGAAGGGUUCAGCCCAUGAGAAUUAAUUUACUCAGACCAAAAUCCUCAAAAUUGAGCGUACUCUUGAUUUUAGCAUGAUAACUGAAAAUUUCGUCCCAGUCGCUUCUAAUAGAGGCUACGUUGAUAAGAGGUGAAAAAGGAGAUCACAUGUACAGCGACUACCUUUAAGUUGGCUUACUCGUCUCGACCUUUUCCUACAACCACAGGAAAUGGAGAAUUUGCGACAAGAGCGUGACAGUUUGAGGCACGAAUGUGACCGAUUGCGGUGUGAGCGUGACGCAGUGCAGUUGGAACGUGACACUCUGUUGGGUGAAAAGAGUAAUUUACAAGCUGAGCUGAAUAACAGGAAUGACAUCAUACAGCAUCUUCAGGAUCACGUGGUGAGUAAUGUCACUUGAGCAAGCUGAGUGUAUAUAUCAAGCAUGUUGCUAAUCUCGUACCUAGAUCCUACCUUGUAACUGUAACUGAAGGGAGCUAACAACCUCUUGGUCGUGAGAAGUCUGGGUACGAGACUUGCAUGGAGCUAUAGCUUGGGUAAUACUAGCAAAAAUGUAGUGUUUUCUAGAACUCUAGAAACCUUGGUUAGUUAAUUUUUUUUUAGUAUUUUCUACGGACUUCAUCCUUUAGUAUCUAACUGCGCAUCUUUAACCAUUUAAACAUUCAGGGUGGCUAGCAUCUUAUGUCUCACUAUGGCAUCACUGCUGAAUCAAACUUAAGGCUCAUGGGAACUUGGAAAAUGAUCAUUAACCUGAAAAAGCUCUCGAUUUUUAAGUAACUUCUCCUUGUGAAGACCAUGGGAAAUGUAGAUCGAAGAAUAUGGAGAAUAUGCGCACUGGUUUUUAGGGAAUUAAAUUCUGAUACUUCUUGCGUAAUCGUUGUUUGCACAUGGAAACACUCUUUGACCCGUUCGAUCGUUCAGUUUGAAGUUGUGUAUAGACUCUACAAAUUGGUCCUUUAAAAGGGUAUAGUUUUAUGCAUUGUCCGCAAAAAAGGGCUUGGAGCAAGGAAAUGUCGACAGGUUUUUAAGAACGUCUUUUCCACCCAGAUUCAAUUAAUAUUCAGAGGAAAGGGGGCAAGUUUCUAGAGAAACUAUGGUGUCAUGUCGGUGAGGGUUAUUACGAGAUAAUUUGGUGUUAUCAACAGUGUUGAUAAUGCAAAAUGGCCAUCGUAAAGAGUUUCAAAGUUGGCGUUUCAACCGUUAGCCUUGGGUAUUCGCUCUGACAAAGGGCUUACGCUCGAAAUGUUAGCUUUAGAAACUCUGUGCAGUGGCCACUUUUCAUUAUCAACUCAGAUUACCCUUGUUUACCCCUCCCCUCCCCCUACUGACGCAGCACCACAGUUGUUUUAGAAACUUAUCCCCUUUAUUCAUUUAAAUUUCUGAAGAACAGUUUUGGGAGUAGAUGAUACCUGGUCAUCCCAUUUAAGUAGAGGAAGACGAUACGUUUAAAAAUGUAAAGUUACGAAACCGAGAGGAAAUUGAAAAACGAUGUACUCCUAAGGUCCGCUCUAGGCGAGGUCCUUCAACGGCAUACAAAGCACAUAACCUUUUUCAGGUUCUUUUUAGGUGACACAACCUGAUUUCAAGUAAAUGCAGUCAUGCGAGUCACAGAAAUUUUCAAAUCUGGGCCCAGUUCUAUAAAGAUCGGAUAACGCUAUCUAGAGGAUAAAUUGCUCCUCGACUGAUGAGUGAUAGCAAAACGUAGUGCGUCAUUCACCGUAUACAGUUUUAUCCAGUGGGUACCGUUAUCCAAUCUUCGAACAAUCGGGCCUUGAUGACUUGUGACCUUCUUUUCUUUUCAGUCAAUGUCAGUUCAUCAUUCCCUGGUCGAGCCAGAUGCUGCCAAAUCGACCCCUAAAAGGCAAAGGUCAAAGUCUGAAGUGCGCCGCCCAGCAUUCUACUUCCCUGAGGAGAUGGCAAAGACAAACGCUUACACUUGUCUAUAAAAAAUGUUACAGCGCUUAAGUCUUUUAAAUUAUUGCUCAAGAGGCUAUUAUAAUUUAUCCUUUGGUGUUUGAAUGCGCAUCGUCAAUAUAGAUAACUUCUCGUGCUUCUCGCGUGAUCAGUGUUGACGCAAUAAAUAAUAAAAUAGUGACUCGCUGUUUAACACGU